AUGGCCGAUGAUGGCGGCUCUGCUAGCGGUGUUUCAGCAAGACAUGACACCAUUUCUGUGGAUAAUAUAAAGACACAUCCUACAGUCACCGCUUUGUCGAAUGCUAUCGCAGGAGCGGCGUGUACAUUGAUCACACAGCCUAUUGCGGCUCUAAGGACUAGACUGCAAUCGCUUAAUAUAUAUAACCAUGGGAUACCUAACGAUAACAAGAAUAAAAUCAAAUCUAUACUUAAUAUAAGUAUGAAAGAUGGGAUUUUCACAUUGUAUCGUGGUGGUGGUUGUUCUAUGGUAAUAUCUGCAGUUGGAUGGUUUUUGUUUAGGUUCACCUUCGACGCAAUAUCGCAGAGUAAGAUUGUAGAACUUGAAAGUAACACUGCUACUAAACUUGCUAACGGCUCGCUUAGUAGCCUGAUUACUACAGCGGUAUUACAUCCAGCAUGGAACGCAAAACUCAACCUUGAACUACAAACUGGCAGGACCAAGAUGGAUGGUUGGCCACAGUACCGGGGAGCGACACACUAUUUAUUAAGCACAUUCCGCAAAGAGGGCAUCGCAGCGUUAUAUAAAGGUUGGGAAGCUAAUUUGGUAGGGGUAUUCUAUUACGGGUUCGUUAUAUGUCUCUAUGAGUCACUUUCUGAAUUUGACUGGCAACGUUACAAGGCCUUGCAAAACGCACAAAAUUUUAAACCUGUCGUCAACGGUAUGAUUGCUAGGAUCAUACCUACAGCACUGUGCUAUCCAGUUUAUGUCAGCAGGACCAUGCAAAUAUGCUUCGCAACAGAACUCACUCAUCGCAAGUUGCAUGAAGUAUUCUUUUGGACUCUGAAAAACAAGAAACUCAAAGGGCUAUAUGCUGGAUUCCAGAUGCAACUUGUCAAAUCAAUCAUAAGCGGAGGUAUCACUUUCGGAUUCUACGAAGCGAUACUUGCCGCUAUCGUACGGGGAUACAACUUCGUCCAUGAUUGA